GCCGUCCAGCGGCACAGCGCAGCCGAAGCACAGCCACAGCACCGCGCACGGACGCAGUCACGCCGCAGCACACCUGCGCACCACCUGCCGCUGCAGCUGCGGCCACGCCUGCACCGGCCUGCACCCGGCCGCACCAGCGCAGCUGAUUCCUCGCGCGCCCCACCAUGUGGCGCCGGACCAUCCCCUUCCUGGCCUGCGCCGUGCUCGCCCUGGGCGCGAUGGCGGCUGACCAGGACGCCGUCAAACCCGCCGAGGCCGCCAAGGCCCCCGUCCCGGCCAACGCCUCCAACGCCACCAAGGCUGUGGCCGCGCCCGCCGCUCCGGCCAAAGAGUCCUCCAUCAUCUGCGAGUCCUGCGAGUGCGACUGGGACUUGAAGCUCGUCAACUGCGUCGGGAAGAACCUGAACAACCACUUCCCCAACCCGGAGGACUGGGCGUGCCUCAACUUCCAGCCGCUGGAGAUCCGCUUCGACAGCAACGAGCUCGUGCACGUGCUGCCCUUCACCAGGGCGCUGGACACGGUGGAGACCCUCACCAUGAGCCACAACCACAUCGCCAAGAUCGAGGACGGCGCCUUCAUGAACCUCAGCAACGUGGUGGUCAUCGACCUGAGCCACAACCACCUCACCUCGGAGGAGCUGUCGCCGCACAUCUUCCAGGGCCACUACGCCCCGGAGAACUACGAGCCCCUGGAGAGGCUGCGCGUGCUCAGGCUCAACUCCAACGCCCUGCAUUCGCUGCACCCCGACCUGUUCGAGCACCUGCCGCGCCUCGAGGAGAUCUACCUGGACUCGAACCCGUUCAAGGUCAUCGACCGCAACACGCACAUCGCCCUCACCAGCGCGCCCUACCUCAAGGUGCUCGACCUGUCGCGUACCAUGAUCGGCAAGCUGCCGGAGCACCUCCUGCACACGCCGCGCCACCUGCAGCGGCUGCUCCUGGCCGGCAACGCCUUCCCCAACCCGCCCGAGGGCCUGGCCGACUCGCACGAGCUGCAGUACCUCGACCUGAGCGAGAACCCCUUCACGGUGCUCAGCGCGCUGCCCACCAUGAAGAACCUCACCACGCUCGUCAUCUCGCACUGCCCCAACCUGACUGAGGUGCCGAAGGGGGCGUUUGCCGGGCUGCCCGCCCUCACGCACCUGUACCUGCACGACAACCACCGCCUCAACAACAUCAACGCCUCGGCCCUGGUGGAGCCGCCGGAACCCCCCGCGGAGACGCACGUGUACCCGCCCAUCAGGACGCUGCACCUGCACGACAACGCCCUGGGCUACCUGGAGAGCUCCCUGGUGGCGCGCUGGGACCAGGUCCGGGACAUCCGCCUGGACGGCAACCCCUGGGUGUGCGACUGCGAGAACCAGUGGAUGGUCCAGACCCUGCUGCCCACCCUGGAGCGCACCAACGUCACCUUCAGCGCCGGCCUCAAGUGCGCCCAGCCGAUCGAGAUGCGCGACCGCGCGCUGCACAGCCUGGAGGUGAAGCACUACCACAUGCGCUGCCUGGACCGCCUCGGCAACCAGCCCGAGCGUGACGCCCCGCUGCUGGUGGGCGUGCUCGUCGGCGUGCUGCUGGCCGCCCCCGCCACGCUGGCCCUGGUGCUGCUGUGGCGCCGCUGCCCCGCCCUGGCCGUGCCCGGCAUCUCCAAGCUGACGCGGUCGCGGCGCGGCGGCGAGUACUCCAGCGCCAUCUACAAGGCCGCCGAGACCGAGCCCGACUUCAUCUAGACUUCAUCUAGGACGCCCAACCAGACUGAUUUUAAAAACAAAAAAGUUGCGAAAGUGAUUAGGCGAGUCCUUUGCCCUGGAGCGGCCCUGUGCGAUCCCUCCUCCUGGAGGAGGACGUCAACAAGGGCCAGAACGUCGAGUGUCGGUAUGCGUAAUACAGAUCGAGUGAAUUUCCUACUGUGCCAUGUUCACUGGACUCCAUACUUGUCAAAAUGGAGCAAGGCACAUCGCCGGUGAAAACUGAUGAUUCUUGCAGUGUUUCUAGUCAUAUUUUGUGUAAGAAUAAAUAAAUAAUGGUAUACGAGA